CAGCCUCCAGGGAGCCCAGUGAGCGCCGGGGACAGACGCCGAAACUGGGAAGCUCACUGCUCCCUGAGCCAGAGUUUAGUUUCCCGACUCCGCAUCGCUCUGGCCCGGGCUUGCCGCCCCGCAAUGUUGCUGAGGUUUGGGCUGGUGGUGACCGUGGAAGAGCAAGAUGUGCAGCUGUUUCUGUGCGGAUCCAGGCCGGAGCUGGGACACUGGGAUCCCGGGCGAGCGCUGCCCAUGGUAGCGGAGAGCAGUGCAAUCAAUGAACCGUCCUUUUGGACCGCUGAGGUCCUACUGCAGGAACCCAGCAGAGAAACCUUCUGGUUCAAGUUCGCCAAAAAGAUCGGCGGAAAAUUCAUCUGGGAAGGAAAUGGACCUUUACACGAUCGCUGCUGUGAAUACGAUGAUAGCAAUUUGGUGGACGGUGUUUACUGUUACCCUGUUGGGCAUUAUAUUGAGGAGAGUGGAUAUUCAAAUGAAAUGAAGCACACCACUGAUUUCUACUUUCACAUAGCUGAUCACCAGGCUAUGCAUUACUCCAGUUAUAAUUUCAAUCUGAUGAAACUAUCUAACAUUUUAUUGAUUUCUCUGGCUUGUUUCACAUCAGGCAGGGUGAAGAUGCUGCCUCAAGCUGUAUACCUGCUUCAUGGAUUGCUGGAAAAUGGCCAUACUGUCUAUGUCCAUUGUAAUGCAGGUGUGGGUAGAUCGACUGCUGCAGUAUGUGGGUACCUGAUGUAUGUAAUUGGAUGGAAUCUUAGAAAAGUUCAGUACUUUGUAACCUCCAAACGACCUGCAGUGUACAUAGAUGAAGAGGCUUUGAUUCGUGCCCAGAAUGAAUUUUAUCAAAAAUUUGGAAAUGUCCACUCUUCUGUGUGUCACAACUGUUAGACAGUAAUUACAGUUUGAAAAGACUAUAUUUAAGAAUAGGUGUGUUUUCUUUCUGAAAUGAAUACACAUUUUGAUGUUAAUGUUAUGACAGCUCAAUCCUUGGAACAUCCUUGCAACCACCAAGAAGUAUAACUCCAUCUUCUAUUGUCCAAGCAGAGGUAUUGAGUUCAUACUUUUAAUUCACCUAGCUGGAAAAAAAAUACAAGUAUGCGGUUCUAAAACCAGUAACUAUUGGGAGCUGGCUGUGUUUAUUCACCAAGGGUACUGGGUGGAAACUGGUUGAUUCUAUUGAGCUACCACCAAGGGUUUGUUUAAUUAUUUACAAUACUGCUUUCUAAUAACCUUAAUUGAACAUGUUGUAUUUCCAAAUUUCAAUCUUGUUCAGUAACUAGCCAGUGGGAAGUAUGUGAAAUGUUGGAUAGGAGAUUUGCCUAAUGAUUUUUCUUCUCUUCCCAUGGAAAACAUCCAAGUUUCAGACAGCAUGCCCUAGUGAAAUGAUCAAAUGUGAAGUGACAAAUAUUAAGACAUCAAGUAGCUGCUUACUUUGAGAAAAUAAUAAACAAACAUCACAGAAAGAACCCGUACUGUGUUGCAGAGUGGAAUUUAAAUGUAUUUAUACUCAUAACCUCCAAAAUCAAAUAUAGAGUUUAUAGUACAUAUAGGUCAAUCAGCCUGAUAUUUAUUUUCCACAUGCGUCUCCUCCUACCCCUCUUCUCACAUCUUAUUAACAUAUUCUUCUAAUCUGUUCUCCAUGUUUUGUCCAACUUUCCCUUAAAGACAUCUGUACUGUUCACAUCAAGUACUUCAUAUGACAAUAAGUUGCUCUAUCUGAAGUUCUACCUGAUUUCCCACCAGAUUUAUUCAUAAUGGUCACACAUUUAUCGCUUUAUGCUCAUUUUCAAUUCCUCCCCAUGGCUUCAAACCACCUUAGCUUUGUAACUUCCUCCUGUCCUUUGAAUUUCUUUAAGAAAACUAAAGGUACAUUGCUAUCUUUUUUUCUCUCCUGCAUCCUAGUUGCUGGUUAUAGAACAACAUUACCAAAGGGCUGGCUGACAGUGUUCAUCCUCAUAGCCAAAGAAUGGUGGAUGUGAUUAAGCUUAUAGGAGUGACAAAGCAGGUCUCUAAUAACAUACAAUAAUGCAACAACGCUAAGCUAUAACUAUGCUAAUACUAAUGACCAUUGUCGUACACUUGCAAUUUAUAAAAUGGUCAAAGCGUGAAAAUUUGACUCUACUAUAUGAAAGAAGCAGUAACAAUAACAUUUUAUAUUUAAGAUUGCAAUUACAACUUGUAAUCUGAGGAAACUUCAACAGUGUAGUAUAUGAGGAAAUGUAGAAUCUCUGGCAGGAACAUCUAGAAUCCAAUGUUUAACUGCACAUGUGCAGUCUAGAAGUUGCUGUCAGUAUGAAAGGAGUAAAAAUGGUAAUCACUGACUAUUUCACCAUCAUUAUGAGUGCAAAAUCUAAGCCAUUUAAAACUCAAUUGACUGUAUGCAAUACUGACUAGAGAAAUCUAUAAUAAA